UGUAUGUCAGUUUGUUCUAGAUGUUUUAGAAUAACAAACUAGUCAAAAAUCAAACAAAAACAUAUUCGGCUGACCGACAUAAAGACCAGAAAGUACCAUAUCCAGGCCUUUUCCUCUUAAAAUUAAAGUCCCAUCAAGCAAGCAACUGACCAACAUGUUUCCCGAUGACUUCGACGUGGAACCCUUCAAUCCGUUCAAUGUGGGGCCGCCCAACAGCGGAGCUCGCUCCGAGUUCAAAAUCCCCACCUGCGUUACGUAUCCGCCACCGGUUUUCGUAGCCCAGCGAGAAUACUCGCAGGAGGCUCUUGGAUCUGCCUCCAAGAAGUCGCUUGCCCGGGACAGCAAGCCGAAGUUGGGGAAAUCAGAGCUGGGUGAGGUGGCCAUUUCCAAGGCCAUCAACGAGGAUAUGGCCGUGGCCAAGAGGCAGGCCUCCGCCAUUCAUGAAAAUGGUCGCAUUGGUGCAGGUGGUGUUUCCAAAGUAAAGCUAGUCGAGGAUGCCCAGUCGAAGGAGGCCUUGGAAAAGGCCUCGCUUUGCACCUUAAUGCCAGUGCGGUCAAGUCGUCAGGCAAGUGGAGAUGGCAGAGCCAAAUCGAAUCCAUCCUCUUCAGACUCCAGUGUGGCUUCCAAGACGAGUAGCGCUGUCAAGCCAAGUCAAGCCAGCAUCUCUUCCAAAGCAUCGAAUAUAUCCCAGACAAGUUCUGCAAGCACCAAACUCACUCCCAAGUCUAUUUUGAAGUCUCCAAGACCCUUGGAGCUAGAGAAAACUAAGUCAAAGGUAUCGCAAAAGACCUCAGAAGCAAUCUCUUUCGAGGACAGAUCUCUUAAGCAGCAAAAGUGUGAUUCUGGCAGCCAAGGAUCCCUGGUGGCAAAGGCUUCCAAGUCUGUAAGUCAAGAUUUCCAAAAAGAUGAAGCAACUCCCUCUGAACUUGGCUCCAAAUCAACCAAGGCAGCCUCCUCGGUCGCCAUAACUAAGCCGAAUGUCAACAAUUCAAGUGUCCUUCCCGAAUCGAAGGAUGGGCCCAGCUAUAUUCAGUCUGAAACUGCCUUGUCCUACAGACAAUCGCUCAAUCAGCAGGCUGCCGAGUUGGCAGGUCGCCUUAAUGCCGGCAAUGAAAACUUCAGGCGCUACAAUUCAGUGGCACGGAAUCACUCGAUCGCCGUGCCACAAAAGUUGUCGCAAGGGGAUCGCAUGACCUUUUGGUUCAGCGAUGCUGUGCUCUCUUAACAAACUAAUCGCUACAGAAAAAUAUAACUGAAAAUUAGCAGUUCUUACAAACAUUAUUUUUUAAAACUUGCAUACCAUUAAAGUUUAUGAGGCAGAAAAGAGGAAA